AUGCCGAGCGAGACCCUCUGAACUACUCAGUUGUUUUUGUACCAGGCUGAACUUGGCAGCCUGUGAAAGAGGCAGCAGGGCGUAAAUGAAGAAUAAUCCCUAAUUUAAUCCCUAAUUUAAUCACUACAACAAUGCACCCCAUAUCAGUGUCCAUCCCCUCCUUCAGGUCAGAGGACAACGCGAUGGAAAAAGGCUACACGGUUUUUAAAAUCGAGGUCCUGAUGAGCGGCCGGCAGCACACGGUGGAGAAACGAUACAGUGAAUUUCAUGCUCUGCAUAAAAUGCUGAAGAAGAUCAUUAAACCACCUGAGAUUCCAUCAAAGCAUGUGAGGAACUGGGUCCCCAAGGUUCUGGAGCAGAGACGACAGGGACUUGAGCUUUACCUUCAGACUAUAAUCAUGGAAAACGAGAUCCUUCCAAAGAUAUUCCUGGAUUUCCUCAACAUCCGGCACUUCCCAUCUCUGCCAAAAACCGAGAGUUGUGGGUCAUUUGAAACAGAAUCAGAAGAGUCGAGUAAACUGACACAUCAGCCAGCAUUGCUCUUCCUGAGGGACCCCUAUCUGCUUCCUGCUACCAAUGACACAUUUUCAAAUGUCGUCAUUGAGGGCGUGAUUCAUGGAAUUUUCUACCCAGACCUUCAGCCGAGGUAGACCGAAGCUAGCUCCAAUUUGAAGAAAACAGCGCCUCUAUUUCAUGGACGAAGAAAGGGAUUUAUCGUUUCUCUACAUAAUGUUACAUAUUUACUAACACUACCGGAACAUAAUCAGUCCACACUCCUUCAGUGCUUUUGCCCACUUCGCUAUGUGCAUGUGAGCGGCCCUCAUCUACAUGUUACUGAUUUAGCGUAUCAGCAUGGUCAGAUCCAUUCUAGUUUAUAUUAAGAUGAAAACUGGUGUAGUUACCUCAUUAUGAGCCACAGAUCAUGCUGCUGUGCAGUUCUUCCAUUUAUCAUACAUAGCUAUUCAAAGCAGUGCUCUAUUGUUGGAACCGCAAAGAUAGACAUUACUACAUACAACACAGACCUGUUCAGUAAUCAGACAGAAGUAUCCGAUGUUGGGACCAAUCAUAUUUUUAAUGAUGCCAUAUGUACUGCUAAGGAGUGUUCAUUGAGCCAUUAUCAUGCAAUUACUAUUCACUAGCAUAGUUAGAUAUUGCUCUAACUUACCUCAACUUUAACUCUAAUGUAAUUAUUACCAAUCAUGAUGUUUAUGAAAAAAGGGAAUCUAACCAUGAACUUUAAUUGUGCAUUGUGAAAAAAAAAAAUCUGUAACAGCUGCUAGAAACUGUGAAAGGGAGACUUUUGUUAAAAUACAUGUUACCAGCCUUUAACUCCAGGUUUCUGGGGACAGUGGAAUUAGGGGAGAAUGUGUUCAAAAUAUCAGUUACUCAAUUCAGUGUAAUGCCAAAAAUAUCAAAAAGGACACCUCUGACACAGAUAUAGCAAUCACCUGGGAUAUCAUAGCAACACUACCAACCACCUGGGAUUUCUUUGCAGUGGUUUUCUCAAGCCAGCUUGAAGGUUGUUCACAAACUGUCCCUUUCUGGUUCAAUCACUGAUAGUGUGUUUAAUUGUAGAGAAACCCACCACUUUCUUCACAGUGGUGGUCAUAGGAACCAGGGCAUGCCACCUCCAAACCCCACUUCCAAAAUUCCUUUAGUCUGUGCACUUUAAAACAUAGAUUUCAAUCGAUAACGCAAGCAAAACAAGCUAGUUAGUGACAUGCUGUCUUUAGUGAAGUGUUUUUUUUGUUUUUUUUUGUCAGAGGUAACGUAUUCUCUGCACAUGCGACUCACAUCUACAAUCUUAUUCAAAGUUUUUAGGAGACUUUUUCAGCUAUGCUAAAUUUCUCUGGUUGUCCCCAGACGUUUUUCAUUACAAGAUCAUGUGGCCCUGUGAAACCACCAAUUAUCAAAUCUCCCUUUGCAUAAUGCAAACAGAUAGAUGUCACAUUCAUGCAUUGUUAGCAACAUUAGUGUUUCUUACCUGAACUCCUUCUUUAAUCAUCACUUGCUAGAUUUAAAGCUAAUGUUAGAUGUCAGAAACUGAAGAUGAUUACGUGCGUUAACACUAGGGGUGCUGUUGCGCUACUGUCCAAGCAUUUACACUGGUAAGUGUUGGCCACUGGACUUCCUGCCUGUUAAAAUCAUGCCAAUUAUAGCGUUUUUACAAUAUACUUAAUAAUGAGUUAAAUGGGAAUUCCACUACUUACAUUUUCUGCAUAAUUCUGCAUUAUUCGUUUUAUUUACUAUCGAAAAACACAAAUGAGCCUAUACUUGUCUUCUUGGUUUUAUAUUUAAUGAUGAUGGUAAAGUAGUGACAACUUUUCUUUGGGGACUAUUCUAACUCCCAAAGCCACGCAUGUACCCUUCCACCAUAAUGGAUUUUGAAAAUAUAUUUCUGGCAAAAACAUUCUCAAAAAUAUUCUAUCACAUGUAUCAGACAUCAGACAGUGUAACUGUAAUUACCUUUAGUAAGAGAGCUUUUAGGGGUGGACAUAUGGUACCCAUAACCACCACUGUGAACACUGACUGUUUCUCUAGAACGGAGCAUUUCACACCAAACCAGUUUGAAUGACCCACAUUAUGCAGACUAAAGAAAAAUUAAAAAUCAGUGGGAUUCCCCUUUAACAUGGGCUUUGGUUUGAAAUUGUAAUAUUUGAACUGAUUUACUUUGUGACUUAUGUGACAUUGUGAUUUUAAAUGUAUGUAGGUGUAUGAGCUAUGUGCCAUAAUUCUUGGAGCCCAGAGUUACUUAUUGUCUUAAUGGUGACGGUAUGAACACUGUGUGAUGCACUUUAGCCAGACAAAGUGACACACUUAUGAUUGAGCUAUUAAUACCUGGAAAAAUAUGAUUAAAACUGACAGCAAUAAAACAA